UCGUAAAAAUAAAUACUGAACCGCAAGAAAUAAAUUGAUAAGCCCCUGGAAUGAUUUAGUACUAAAUUGGAAGAAAAUGUCAAAUUGUUUUGUAUGUAUGUGUGUGUUCAGAGUUGUUCGCUAAUUCUUUUUAUAAUUUCAGUUAGUCUCGAUUGAUCACUCCAUUAGGAUGGAGCGUGUUAACACUCCGUCCGAAGAAAAAAGAAGUGAAAAUGGGAAGUGCCUUGGCUCCCCGACCGGAAAGGAAAAGACGCUGCCGUCUACGAUGCCCCAUGUCGAUGGAUGUAACCCCACGGGCUCCGUGAGCAAAGGAAAACCCUUUCACUGCCGAGCCAAUGGCAGAAGAAGGGCAGAAGUGAGUACCCAAAGACGGAAGAAGCUUCUUCUCUGCAACAUUCGUCGUGGAAGACGAAUUCUGCGUGCUGUGCGUCGUGAGACCGACGGCUGGGAAGAUGCCCUCCACAGAGAGGAGCUUCAGGAGAACACCAAGUGGAGGACAUGGAUUGCCUUUCGGGGAUGGGGAAAGUCCUCAAGCCUGAUGCCGAAGGAUGAGCAUCAGGAGAACACCAAGUGGAAGACAUGGAUCCCCUCUCGGGACUGGGGAAAGCAGCAUCAGGAGAACACCAGGUGGAGGACAUGGAUUCCCUCUCGGGAAUGGGGAAAGUCCUCAAGCCAGAUGCCGAUGGAUGUCAAUGGGACGUGGCGUGCGAGGUCACUCGCAGAAGAGACAGGAAUCAGCGGAAACCUGUAUCAAUUAGUCUCGAUUGAUCACUCCAUUAGGAUGGAGCGUGUUAACACUCCGUCCGAAGAAAAAAGAAGUGAAAAUGGGAAGUGCCUUGGCUCCCCGACCGGAAAGGAAAAGACGCUGCCGUCUACGAUGCCCCAUGUCGAUGGAUGUAACCCCACGGGCUCCGUGAGCAAAGGAAAACCCUUUCACUGCCGAGCCAAUGGCAGAAGAAGGGCAGAAGUGAGUACCCAAAGACGGAAGAAGCUUCUUCUCUGCAACAUUCGUCGUGGAAGACGAAUUCUGCGUGCUGUGCGUCGUGAGACCGACGGCUGGGAAGAUGCCCUCCACAGAGAGGAGCUUCAGGAGAACACCAAGUGGAGGACAUGGAUUGCCUUUCGGGGAUGGGGAAAGUCCUCAAGCCUGAUGCCGAAGGAUGAGCAUCAGGAGAACACCAAGUGGAAGACAUGGAUCCCCUCUCGGGACUGGGGAAAGCAGCAUCAGGAGAACACCAGGUGGAGGACAUGGAUUCCCUCUCGGGAAUGGGGAAAGUCCUCAAGCCAGAUGCCGAUGGAUGUCAAUGGGACGUGGCGUGCGAGGUCACUCGCAGAAGAGACAGGAAUCAGCGGAAACCUGUAUCAAGUAACUAUGUUUCAUGUUUAACAAUUCUCGUCGAAUGACGAGUGGCGCCCAACAUAAAAUUCAUUUAAAGUAACUUGUAAUAUUCUGAAUUAAAAUCCUUGCUUUUCUUUUUCUUAAAUAAUUUAAAUUAAAGUUCCAAUUAAAGUUGCCUACUUGUGGAUAAAAGAGAUGGUUUAAUUUUUGCCAAUUUUGAGUAUGGAAAACUGAAAUCCUGAAUAAAAUUUAGUAGUGCAAAAGUAUAAAGAAAA